CUCAUCACUUUAUAUCGAUUCUGCGCAAAUUCAUGCAAAAAGAGAGAGAGAAAAAGUUACACACUGCCCGAGAUUCUGAGCGAGUGUGUGUGUGUGUGGUAUUGUAUUCUUCGCCGUCCUUUUCGAUUUUGAUCAUUUUCUUUUAAUCUAAUUUCCUCUUCUGGUCAAUCCCACAAACUCCAUCUCACUUCACUCACAAGGAGGAGAUUGUAUGUGACUGAAAACAUGAAGAGAAAGCGUUACUAUCAGUUGAACCAUACGUUUGAUCCAUGUCCUUUCGAGGUGUUCUGUUCAGGGACAUGGAAGGCGGUGGAGUACUUAAGAGUCGAGAGUGGAUCGAUGACCAUGCGACUUUUUGAGAACGGGCAUGUACUGGAUGAUGUAAAACCUUUCCAAAAGCUUCGUCUUAGAUCAAGAAAGGCCACUACUAUCGACUGCACCACUUUUCUACGGCACGGUGUUGAUGUUUGUGUUCUCUAUCAGAAAGAUGAAGUGACUCCAGAGGAUGACUUGGAGCCGGUAUGGGUUGAUGCAAAGAUUGUAUCCAUAGAGAGGAAGCCUCAUGAACCUGAGUGCUUGUGUGAGUUCCACGUCAGCAUCUAUAUAGACCAAGGCUGCAUCAGUUCGGAGAAGCAUAGGAUGAAUAGAGCUUCUGUGGUCAUGGGACUGGACCAAAUCUCCAUUCUCCAAAAGUUUCCAAAGGAACAAAGCGUGGACCGGUUCUACAGAUGGAGAUACUCCGAGGACAGUGCAUCACUAGUGAAAACAAGGCUUACACUCGGCAAAUUCAUGCCUGAUCUUUCUUGGCUUCUUGUUACAUCAGUCUUGAAAAACACUGUGUUCCAUAUCAAAACUAUCCAAAACAAGAUGGUGUAUCUGAUUAUGACGGAUGAAGAGUCUAGUAGUAGUUCUUGUUUGAGUGCAAUGAAUAUCACGGUGGAAGAUGGAGUUUACUUGUCAAAGGUGGUUACAUUCAAUCCAGAUGAGGAUGAUACUACUCUUGCUCUGGAUUAUGUUCAUGUAGAGGAGGAGGAAAGUGAAGAGGAGGAGGAGGUGAUGGAGCUGCGACGAUCCAAGAGAAGAAACAUGAGGCCUGAUAGAUAUGGUUUCUCUGGGGUUCAGCCAGAUUCAAAGGAUGGAUGGGUAAGGCUUAUGCCAUAUAAGUACAGCACAUGGACUGAUGACGAAGAAGGUGAUGAUGAAGAUAGUAAUGAUGAUAGAGAUUCAGAUGAUGAUUUGUACUUACCCUUAUCACACUUCUUUGGGAAAGAGAGCAACACAAAGGGAUUCAGUAAACGUAAGGAAAGUGAGAUUGUUUUGGUAGACAAAACAGCGAGGAAGAAGAAGAUGAUGAUGAAGAUGAAGAUGAAGAAAAGAGAUGGAAGUGGUGGAAGCCGCGAGCUCUCAGUUAUCCCCUUCACUCCUGUGUUUGACCCUAUACCAUUGGAACAGUUUGGUUUCAAUGCAAACAGUUUAUGUAGUGGUGGAUUCUCUGGAAGCAAUUUGAUAGAUGAGAUGGAUAGGUAUCGUAGUAAACCUUCUAAAUACGGUAAGAAGAAGAUGUUGUCGGAAAUGGAUGAGAUGGAAUCUGACUUGGGUUGGAUUGACAACAUGAGCAAGUCCUCGGUCCAAAAAGGAACAGGAUCACACUCCCGGAUAAGGUCCGGUUAUGGGAAAACCGGACAUUCUGAUGAACCGCAGAUAUUUAAGAGGAGAACAUUGAGCGCAGGUGCUUAUAACGAGCUGAUAGAAUCAUACAUGAGUAAUAUUGACUCCACAAUUGCAGCCAAGAAGGAAACAAACAGUGUUGUUGAGCAAUGGGAAGCGUUAAAGAACCCCACAAGCACUACAGUGGAAGAUGAAGACGGGUCGAGUGAGGAUGAUGAUAGUGAGGGAGAGACGUCAGAGAAUGAGAUGUUGUGGAGGGAGAUGGAACUAUGUAUGGCUUCUUCUUACAUUCUUGAUGACAAUGAGUUGAGAGUGGAUAAUGAGGCGUUCCAGAAAGCGACAAGUGGUUGUGAACAUGAUUAUGAACUGAAUGAAGAAAUAGGAAUGUGUUGCAAAUUAUGUGGUCAUGUAGGAUCGGAGAUAAGAGAUGUUUCUGCACCUUUUGCGCGACAAAAGAAAUGGACCACAGAGGCUAAGCAUAUCAACGAAGAAGACAUCGACACUAAUGUGAAACAAGACGGAGAUGAGAGACGCAGUUUCACUAUGCCUGUGGCUACCUUAGAGGUUCCUUCACCUGAAGAAAGCGAGAACGUUUGGUCACUAAUACCACAGCUUAGGAGAAAACUUCACAUGCACCAGAAGAAAGCUUUUGAGUUUCUCUGGAGAAACCUAGCUGGGUCAGUGGUUCCCUCCAUGAUGGAUCCGAGUUCAGAUAAGAUAGGUGGCUGCGUGGUUUCUCAUACCCCAGGAGCUGGCAAAACAUUUCUCAUCAUAGCUUUUCUCGCAAGCUACUUGAAGAUAUUCCCUGGGAAGAGGCCUUUGGUUCUUGCUCCCAAAACAACUUUGUACACAUGGUACAAGGAGUUCAUUAAAUGGGAGAUUCCAGUUCCCGUUCACCUGAUCCAUGGCCGUAGAACCUACUGUGUAGCCAAAGAGAACAAGAUUCAGUUCAAGGGGAUUCCAAAACCGAGCCAAGAUGUUAGUCAUGUUAUCGACUGUUUGGACAAGAUUCAGAAGUGGCAUGCUCAGCCUAGUGUUCUUGUAAUGGGUUACACUUCGUUUCUAACAUUAAUGAGAGAAGAUUCCAAGUUUGCUCACAGGAAGUACAUGGCUAAGGUACUGAGAGAAUCUCCGGGGCUUCUGGUUCUAGACGAGGGACACAAUCCGAGGAGUACCAAGUCGAGAUUGCGCAAGGCUUUGAUGAAAGUUGACACUGACUUGAGGGUUCUGCUGUCUGGUACAUUGUUUCAGAACAACUUCUGUGAGUACUUCAACACUUUGUGCUUGGCUAGACCCAAGUUUAUUCAUGAGGUUCUAAUGGAGUUGGACGAGAAGUUCAAUACCAACCAAACUGUUCAAAAGGCGCCUCACUUGAUUGAAAACAGAGCCAGGAAGUUCUUCCUUGACAUUAUAGCCAAGAAGAUUGACACAAAAGUUGGAGACGAGCGGUUGCAAGGUCUUAACAUGUUGAGGAACAUGACCAGCGGUUUCAUUGAUAACUAUGAAGGAAGUGGAAGCGGAAGCGGUGAUGUUCUUCCUGGUUUGCAGAUCUACACGUUGUUGAUGAACUCCACAGAUUUACAGCACAAGACUCUUACAAAACUUCAGACGGUGAUGUCGACUUACCAUGGUUAUCCCCUGGAACUGGAGCUUCUCAUAACCUUAGCAGCUAUCCAUCCUUGGCUGGUUAAAACCUCCACGUGUUGCGCCAAGUUCUUCAACCCUGAGGAGCUUUUCGAGAUCGAGAAGCUCAAGCAUGACGCCAAGAAAGGAUCCAAAGUCAUGUUUGUGCUCAAUCUCGUGUUUAGGGUGGUCAAGAGGGAGAAAAUUCUCAUCUUCUGCCACAACAUUGCGCCGAUCCGCCUGUUUCUUGAGCUGUUUGAGAAUGUGUUCAGGUGGAAGAGAGGGAGAGAGAUCCUUACCUUAACAGGGGAUCUUGAGCUGUUUGACAGAGGCAGAGUGAUAGACAAAUUCGAAGAGCAUGGAGGUCCUUCUCGUGUUCUGCUGGCUUCCAUCACAGCCUGUGCAGAAGGGAUCAGUCUAACUGCUGCUUCGAGGGUGAUCAUGCUUGACUCGGAGUGGAAUCCUUCCAAGACAAAGCAAGCAAUAGCACGCGCGUUCAGACCAGGACAGCAGAAAGUGGUGUACGUUUACCAGCUCUUGUCCAGAGGAACACUUGAGGAAGACAAAUACAGGAGGACGACGUGGAAAGAGUGGGUCUCAAGUAUGAUUUUCAGCGAAGAAUUUGUAGAGGACCCGUCACAGUGGCAAGCUGAAAAGAUUGAAGAUGAUGUUCUCAGAGAGAUCGUAGAGGAAGACAAAGUCAAAUCCUUCCAUAUGAUAAUGAAGAACGAGAAAGCUUCAACUGGCUGAUGAUGAUGAUGAUUCAUUCCUGUAACAGCUUCUUUGUAUUGCAAUAAAACUAAUCAAUUAUCGCAACUGUGUAAUAAUUCAGCUGCAUAUCAUAAUCUUAAAUAAAUGUGAAACAAGUGUAUUUUUUCA